AACUCGAGAAAUGCAAAUUCCGGGGAACAAAACUUUUGUUCUUUAUAUAUUAAGGCAAUAACUAUAACAGUAAUAUAAUGACAUCCAAAGACGUAGUAAUUAUUGGAGCUGGUAUCAUUGGAUUAUCUACAGCCUAUGCCAUACUAGAAACAUUUCCAAGUUCAUUGGCCGAUCUUUCUAUAACAAUAAUUGCCGAACAUGGCCCUCAUGAUACAGAUAAUGAACAAUUAGUUAAAUAUAGUUCAUAUACUUCUCCAUGGGCUGGAGCCCAUUUUAGACCAUUUCCUAGUAAAUCUAAGGAAGACUUUUAUGAGAGUAAAUUAACCAGAAAGACAUUUGAAAAAUUUAAACAAUUAAGUGUAAGUCACCCAGAAAGUUCAAUAAGAAUAGUUCAAGGGAUUGAAUAUUUUGAAGAUCCUGAAUUCUUAUUAAAGUGUAUUGGAAGAGGUUAUAGUGAAGGAAUGAAUGAUUUUGAGGUAAUUCCAACUGAGAAAUUACCAAAGAGAAGUUCAUCUUCUCCUAUUAAAAUUGACUUUGGUACUAAGUAUACUACUUGGAUAAUGAAUGCACCUCAUUAUCUAAAAUUUUUAUAUAAUGAGUUGUUAAAGUCCGGUAAAGUUAGGUUUGUUCAUAAGAAAUUAUUAUCAUUGAAGCAAGUUAAUGAAAUUGUUCCUAAUUUCCCUAUAAUUGUUAAUUGUAGUGGAAGAGGAUUAGGAUAUUUUGGAGGUUAUGAUGAUAAAGUAUAUUCUAUUAGAGGUCAAACAUUAUUAAUUGAUCCACCAACCAAUUGUCCAUAUUUAGAUAAGACCAUCACUCACCAACUGAAGGAUGGUAAAUGGACAUUUGUUAUUCCUCGACCAUUAAAUGGUGGAGUUAUCUUAGGAGGUACUAAACAAAUUAAAGAUUCCACAGAUAAGCCAAAAGAAGAGGAUACUAAACAAUUAAUAAACAUGGGUCAAGAAUUAUUCCCUGAAUUAAUGAAAGUAAAUGAAAAAACUGGAGAGAAAUAUUUUGAUAUUAAGAGAAUUAAUGUUGGAUUUAGACCUGCUAGGAAAGGAGGAUUUUAUAAUCGAAUUGAUUUAAAGAAUAGUAAUGAAGGUAGAAAUAAUCACAUUAUUAACAAUUAUGGAGCUGGAGGUAUGGGAUAUGAGUUGAGUUAUGGAGCUGGAUUAAUAGCUGUGAAUAGUUUAAUUAAGGUAUUAAAAUUUGAUGAGAAUAAUAAGAAUAGACUUAUCAGAGGAAGAAGAUCACAUUUAUAGACGACUCAUAUAAAGUUUAAAGUAGAUGAGAUGAACCAAGUUUGUUUCCAUAGUUAAGCACAAAACGUGCCGCAAAUUUUAUAGUGCGCAAAUUUAAUUUUGAGUAUGAAUAUAUGUGUCUCUAUAGUUUAACUCGUUUAGUUACUAUGGGAACAUUCAAACUUGGCGCAUAGAUAAAAACUAAUUAAACUUCAAUUAAAUACACAUUCACACUACAAGAUAUUUC